CAAGUCCUGAAGAAGAUGACGAAGAAGAAGCAGCUGUUUAUCUUCAGUCAGCACCGUUCAUAUAUACCUCAGUAGUCAGCACAGGAUUUACGUGGUUUUCAGCUUGAAGUGGCAAUGAGUCAGUUUCCCUUCUGCGUAAUAGCCUAGAAACGCUAAAGAUUCGGUGUUGCACGUCUGGACCAAAGGCUCCGGUUGAUUUUCGUCGCUGUUCUGGUGCUUUACGGUGCAGAAGGAUAUGGUUUUCUCAUCGUCCCAGCAAGUGGUUGUCGCAUUUACGGCGGUGUUGUUUGCGUUUGUGGUGUUCCCUAGAAUGUUCGGCGUAGGAUCCGGAGCGAAGGAAACAAGAGGUUUUGAUGCUCGCUACAACAGAAAAGCGGGACCGGGACCAGGACCAGGUGCAGUGAGAGGGCAGCCGGUCAACAAGAACACGGCUGGCUCCAUGAACAAAGCUCAGACCCUGGAGAACAUGCAGCAGAUGAAGGUGAUGAUGGAGCAGGAGAUGAAGGGUGACAAAUACAAAACCAACAGCAACAAGGGCUACGUGUUCACGCUGAUGCCGCUCUACGCCAUCGGAGUCGGCCUCUUUGCAGCGUACAAAUUUCUGAAGAUCAAGUCUGCAGAUGACUCCCAAGCCCAAAAGAACAAGGAUGCCAAAGGUCCCAAGAAGUCGGAGGAGACAGAGAAUCAGCUUACAGAGCUGGAGCAGCGGCUAGCGCAAACAGAGAAGAUGCUCAACUCCAUUCUCACCCAACUGGACCCAUUGACAAGUUGUGUCAAGUCUGUGGCCCAGGAACAGAAGAACGAGAUCAUGUCCCAACUCCAGUCCAUCCGCCACCUGAUGAAGAAGAGAGGCAUGGACUGCCCACCCCUUAACAUUGAAGAGCCGCAGUGCGAGAGGAACCUGGAUGACCUCAUCGAGUCUCUGGCAGCCCACAGCGACACCUCGCCAGAGCUGGUCGCUCCUGCGGAAGACGAUCAAAGUGGUGUCGUGAAAGAGGAGGAGCCAGUCCACCACCAGCAGCACCACCCUGAAUCCAAGGAUGAGUACUCAGCGACCGAUGCUGAGGAGGAGGACAUGCCCUCCUUGGACGAUUCUUGUGAGACAAACAUUGAGGACAUAGGCCUUGCCCAGAGCAUUCCAGAAGAAAUGCCUACAACUGGGCUCAGACGACGUAACAGGCUGGAAUGAACAGGAAAAAAGGGGGUUGUUUUAAACUGUACAUGAAUAAAGCCAUACAUGUAUUUCCUCAUUCUUAAUGGCACUACUGCAGUCUGUUCAAUAAUGCUCUUGCUUUUGGCUCGCAGUUGAAUAAGAAAGGGCAGCUAUCAAUGUGAAAGGAUUUUGUCCAAGGUUGUGUGUGAUAAAGGUGAUUUUUCUGUGCCAUCCCUUAAAGCAUAGCAGAUCCCUGGCUAGGCCUAUGUGUAUGGUUAGGGCUUACUCCUGACAAAUGAAAUCCCCAGAAGCCUAACUCCAUAUAACCUUUGACUUAGGUCUGGAGCUUUUCCAUGUCAGGCCCCAAGUAUGAGGCCUGAGUUUUCCAUCCUUGAACCAAACUUUAGUUAGUAUGUAAGGCACCUGUAAAUGUGUUUUCAUCACGUGACUGCUGCUUAGAAACCCUGUACAUCUCAUUAUAUGCUACCAUCUUUUAGAAAGGGUCAUUACGGCCCUAAAUAUAAAGACUCCAAAGUGUGUGUUGUUAUGCAAUCUUGCAACUGCAAUCCGUACGUCAUAGAAUAGUCAAAAUAAUACAAAAUGUCAAACAUAGUUAACUAUAAAUGGCUACAUUUAGUUUUUUUCUACUACGUACUCGAGUCUACCAGAUACAAGUGCAAGCUUGUGAUGUUUGGCUUGUGGUAUGAUUUGCCUGUUUUCAGACAUCUUAUGCAUGUGUUUUUCUCUGCAACUGAUCUUUAAUGUCCUGGUGAAUACAACUGCAUGAGUUAUCUUACUAGAGGGAGAUGCAGGACAAUUAUGAAUGUAUUGAUGACGUAGUCUAAAUCAGGGCUCUCCAACCCUGUUCCCGGAGAGCUACUGUCCACUGGAUUUCUCUCCAACCCUGUUCCCGGAGAGCUACUGUCCAGCGGGUUUCUCUCCAACCCUGUUCCUGAAGAGUUACUGUCCACUGGGUUUCUCUCCAACCCUGUUCCUGGAGAGUUACUGUCCACUGGGUUUCUCUCCAACCCUGUUCCUGGAGAGCUACUGUUCACUGGGUUUCUCUCCAACCCUGUUCCUGGAGAGUUACUGUCCACUGGGUUUCUCUCCAACCCUGUUCCUGGAGAGCUACUGUCCACUGGGUUUCUCUCUAACCCUGUUCCUGAAGAGCUACUGUCCAGUGGGUUUCUCUCCAACCCUGUUCCUGAAGAGCUACUGUCCACUGGGUUUCUCUCCAACCCUGUUCCUGAAGAGAUACUGUCCGCUGGGUUUUUCUCCAACCCUGUUCCUGAAGAGCUACUGUCCAGUGGGUUUCUCUCCAACCCUGUUCCCGGAGAGCUACUGUCCACUGGGUUUCUCUCCAACCCUGUUCCCGAAGAGCUACUGUCCACUGGGUUUCUCUCCAACCCUAAUCUAGCACAUGUGAUCCUAAUAAUUAGCUGGUUGAUAAGUUAGUUUUAACGGGUUUGUGGGAAUCUACCGGAGGGUAGCUCUUCAGGAGCAGAGUUGGAGAGCCCAGGUCUGAAUUAAUUUGUGUUCUAUUUUGGCCUUUGUCCAGUUUUGUAGUUCAGAUUAAGCACUAUAUGUGUAUUUAGCCAACACAACCAUGCAAUGUGCUCUGUUUUAUAUUUGUUUCCUUUUAAGUAUUUUAUGUGAUCUAUUGUUGACUGUAGUUAACACAGAAGUUAGCCUCUGGUUAGCACCAACCCAUUGAAACUACAGGAUAGAACAGAAAUCAAAUAAUCUCAUUGGUUUCAUCUUAAAUUGCACCCUACCUAUUCCCUAUAUAGUAGGCCUCUGGUCAAAAGUAGUGCACUAUGUAGGGAAUAUGGUGACAUGAACUGUGUAGUAAUACUGUACCAGCAAUCAAAUAAUCAUGUCUGUGUAGAAAUGCUGUACCACAAGACUUUUCAAAACACUGACAAAUGUCUUGUCUUGUGAUAACUAUAGCUUUGGAGCAAAUAUUUAGCGAACACACAAUUCAUAUAUCUUGAAACUAUAGAAACACUGCGAUGUUUGUCUCCUGUUUGAGAGGUCAUUUGUCGACUAACUCUAUUUAUUUUGUAUAGCUGUGCUCUUGGGUAUGCAUAACUGAGGAACCUUGAAAGAUGGGAGAAAAUGUUCCACUCCUUACUAGAAAAUAAAGGUGCUAUGUGGCAA